UCUCUAUACACACACAGAAAGAGAUGGAGAGGUGGCUGCUUUUAUUUUGUAGGUUCUGCAAGUUUCUUUCGUUUGCUACUGCCUUCGUUUUUAAUGGCUUUUUAAACUCAAGCAGAAUUUGCUUAACUCCAAGGAUUCUCAGUGACAGUCCUUCCCGAACUCUCCCUCUUACAGCCUCAAAAAGCAACAGUGCCAUGCAGCUCAUCUGUCUGCAUUACUUGAUUUUCAAGUUGAAUACCUCUUCUUUUAUUGCAAUUUUAACAAUCCUAUAACCUAAAAAAAGAAAAUGUAUGGUCUUUUACAACACUCGCGUACAGCCAUAUGCUCAUAUAUAACCUCCAAUGCGCCCAUACAUAUGCACCCAACCUCAGGUACACAUAUCCACUCGUAUACAAAUUUACACACAGUCGCAUACAGAUGCAGCCUUACACACACACACAACGUCCACACACAAAUGCAGACGCAAUCAUUCAGGCUCAUGCCCGCUCUCACAAACACUGAGGCAGAAACUUACAGGUGUGUCCUCCGGACCCAGGGCCAGGCCAGCCUGGAGGGAUUGUGUUGGGAACCCACAUUGGAAAGGAAGGCUCAGCGUUAACAGAGCCACCAACGGAAAGCUGUUGGAAUGUGGCCAGGCGGAUUUCGUGCUUGCUGGAUAGUGUGGCACUGGAACUGUGUGCAAACCUGUUCAGUGGAAUUCAUCGAUCUUUAUUGGAUUAACCGUUAAACUGAGACUCUGCUCCUGAAACCGUUGCAGAGUUUCUCGCCCGGGAGAAACCCACCCAGGAGAAGAGGCUCUAGGGUCGCCAGCUGGAGAUGGGGACUAUCGGUCGCCGCUGCUUCGGGCUCCUCCUGCUGUGCUCCUCGCUCCUGGGAUCUGCCCGUGCACUGGUUGAUGCUGAUGAUGUCAUCACUAAAGAGGAGCAAAUUUAUCGGCUAUUUGAGGCAAAGCAAAGUUGUGAAAGGAAUCUGAAAAGAAGACCAGCUCAGAAAGCAGGUGUCAGUUGCAGGCCUGAGUGGGAUGGUAUAGUGUGCUGGCCCCUGGGGAUCCCCAACAAGAGUGUCUCGGUCUCCUGUCCUGAGUAUAUUUAUGAUUUUAACCACCAAGGUAAUGCCUAUCGCAAGUGCAACAUACAUGGGGACUGGGAGUUAGUCCCCAGCAUUAACAGAACUUGGGCAAACUACACAGAAUGCACCAAGUUCCUGAAGCCUGACCAUUGGCACCAUAAGGAAGUAUUUGAGCGUCUCCACCUGAUCUACACGGUGGGAUAUUCUAUCUCAUUGGUCUCGCUGUUGGCUGCUGUCUCUAUACUCAGUUACUUCAAGCGUCUGCAUUGUACCAGAAAUUACAUUCACAUGCACCUCUUCACUUCGUUUGUAUGCCGAGCUAUUAGCAUCUUUGUCAAGGAUGUGGUGGUCUAUUCAGACUCUGCAGCGGAUGAGCUGGAGUUCAGAGUUGAAGAUUUAAUGGGUGAUGUAGCCACUCUCCAUGAGGACAAGCGUCAGUUUGUUGGUUGUAAAGUGGCAGUGACGAUAUUCCUAUACUUUCUUGCUACUAAUCACUACUGGAUCCUGGUGGAGGGCCUCUAUCUGCACAGCCUGAUCUUCAUGGCUUUCCUAUCAGACAAGAAAUAUCUCUGGGCAUUAAUUCUGCUCGGUUGGGGAGUCCCAGCAAUGGUGGUGACUGUAUGGGGGAGUACCAGAGCAUCAUUAGCUGAUACACGCUGCUGGGAUCUAAGUGCUGGAAACUUGAAGUGGAUUUACCAGGUUCCCAUUCUCACUGCCAUUGUGCUGAAUUUCUUCCUGUUCAUAAACAUUGUCAGAGUUUUGGCAUCAAAGCUAUGGGAGACAAAUGCAGGAAAAUUGGACCCACGGCAACAGUACAGGAAACUGCUGAAGUCCACACUUGUACUGAUGCCGUUGUUUGGGGUCCAUUAUGUGAUUUUCAUGGCGAUGCCCUACUCUGAGGUGUCUGGAAUCCUUUGGCAGAUCCAAAUGCAUUAUGAGAUGUUCUUCAACUCCUCACAGGGCUUUUUUGUUGCUUUUAUUUACUGUUUCUGCAAUGGGGAGGUCCAGGCAGAAAUAAAGAAAUCCUGGUUCAGGAGGAAUCUCGCUCUGAACUUUAAUCAGAAGAUGAGAACUGGCAGCAGCUGCCUUUAUGGAGCAGUGACCUCUCACGUUACCAAUAGUAUCAGCAACAGCCUGGCUACCAGAGGAGUGUCUACCCUGCACACAAACACCAGGCACUCUGUACCACAGCCACCCUCACUCUCCAAGCUGCCUGGCUGCAUCACAAGUACAUCUCAGUCAGAAAGCUCACUGCCUUCUCCAACCCUGCAUAGCACCAUGAGGAAGGGAGAAAGCAAGGACCAUUUUGCAAAUGAGGAACAGCAGAAACUGAAGACCCCUCUCCACAAUCAAUGGGAAACAGUGUUAUGAAAAGCUUAGAUGGUGUUAUAGCUUGAAACAUUCCUUUAUUGAUUAAACAAUAAUGUUGCAUUUGAGCUAAACAGUGCUACUGAGUAAUGUUUAAGGUGAAGUGAGUAUGAAGGAGGGACUCACAAAGAUUCACAGCCUGGAGUCAGUGUAUCUCAUGAAUGUUUGUGGUUUUUGCUCCAUACAAGUUUGGAUGUACACGGGGAAUGGGUGACUAUUUAAUUGACUGCAGAAAUUAAUUCAGGGGAAAACGACACUCCUGUCAAUAUAGUGUCAACAUUAAUAUGUCAACUGCCCUAAUGCUAACCCGAGGUUGGGGGUCAUCACAGUUAGCUUCCUGUUUGAAACUUUGUCAUAUGUUGACUGCGUGUAACCGGAAACCUUGAGAGAGUAACACUUGUACAUGAUUCUGACAACUAUUGCGGCCACAAUGAGGUGACAGACCCGACUUUGUUUUGCAUUUUGUUCAACAUCUUGAUGUCAUCUCCUGCGGUUUGAUUUCACAGUUGGGUGCUAAUUCUGACACCAGCAAUUCUGCUGAUGAAACAAACUGUUUCCCUUGACAGAGAGACUGCAGUGUAACGGCCCUGUUAGAUAAUCAUCAGCUGAAUGCAGUUACAUGGCCAAGUAAUGUUCCUGCUGCUGAGCAAAGACUGCAUGCUGUUAAUAAUUAUAGAUAGUGCUUAACUGCUCAUUGCUGAUCACUGAUAAACCCUCACCCAUUGCUCCUUCCACAGACAAUAUUGAGUGAAUACACAGCUAGAACCUCACUCAUUUUACAAUUGUUCGGCAACAUUCAUAAUCUGAUCUAUGUUUGAAGAAUGGUCACUUUGUUGAGAGCAGUCAGUGCUUUUGUUAUAACCUACAGGAGACGGGAUGAGAAAUGAACGUAACCUCAGAGUUCCUAACAUUGCUGAGUGUAACCUCUUCCAGGAGAAAGUGAGGUCUGC